AUGGGUUCUGAAACUCCCCUUAGGCUUCCAGUUAUAGACUUUUCUAAGGAAGAGCUAAAGCCAGGAACUGAGGAAUGGGAGUCAGUGAAAUCCCAAGUUCGCAAAGCACUAGAAGAGUAUGGUUGCUUCGAGGCAUUGUUCAACAAAGUUCCUGCAGAGCUUAGAAAAGGUAUUGUUGGUGCAAUGGAAGAGCUUUUUGAGCUGCCAUUGCAGACCAAAUUGAGAAAUGUUUCUAAGAAGCCCUUUCAUGGGUAUGUUGGACAGUAUCCUCAGGCUCCUCUAUAUGAGAGUAUGGGCAUUGACGAUGCCAACAUUUCUCAAAACGUGGACAGCCUCACAAGUGUCUUGUGGCCUCAAGGAAACCCAAUUUUUAGCAAAACUGUACAAUCAUUUUCAGAGCAAGUAUCGGAAUUAGAUCAAAUAGUUAGGAGGAUGAUCGUUGAAAGCCUGGGACUUGAGAAAUACAUGGAUGAACAUAUGAACUCUACAAACUAUCUUCUCAGGGUCAUGAAAUAUAAGGGUCCUCAAACCACUGAUACACAGCUUGGUUUACAUCCUCACACUGACAAAAACAUCGUGACUAUUUUGUACCAAAAUCAGGUUGACGGGUUAGAGGUAAAAACCAAAGAUGGUGAAUGGAUCAAUGUGAAACUAUCACCAGACUCUUUUGUCGUCAUGAUUGGAGAUUCUCUCUAUGCUUGGGCAAAUGGUCUAUUAUACUCUGCCUAUCACCGUGUUAUGAUGACUGGAAACGAAGCAAGGUAUUCUGCUGGAUUGUUUUCGAUUCCAAAAGCAGGCUAUAUGAUAAAAGCUCCAGAAGAGCUAAUUGAUGAACAACAUCCCUUGCUCUUUAGGCCCUUUGAUCAUGUAGAGUUCCUUAAAUUCUACUACACGGAAGCUGGUCAGAGAGCUGAGUCUGCUCUAAAGACUUAUUGUGGUGUUUAAAUGUGUCUGUAUAUGGUUAGCGACUCACUGUGUUGGCCUUUUCUCAUGGAUAAUAAUAAUAGUACAUCCUUAGGCCGUGGAUUGAUAAUUAAGCAUCAUGUAUAAGUUUUCAAGGUGUCUUAGAAUCUUGAUGUCUAGAAGAAUUUAAUAUCAGUGUCUAUGCAUCUCUUUUUCCAGUGAUAUCCUGCAAAACUUUUGCAGAGUAAGACCCAUCGCAGAUUGGAUUGGUGCAAUUAUUUUACUGGACAACAUAUAUGAGUACCAGUUAGA